AUGAAAAGUGUCAAAUUCAUUUUUUUUAUGUGAAAUCAAAAUAUUACUAAUUAAUUUUAUUUAGAUUUGUUAUUAACACAAAAAAAAAACAAAAAAAAAAUUGUACAAUUUAGUCAAUAUACUUAAGUUUUAAAGUAAAUUACAAGGCAUGAAUUUGAAUGAUUUUGGAAAAAUUUAGGGAAAAGAUUUAAAGUUUUAUUAAUACAAAUAAAUAAAAAAAAAGAAGAAUCAGUAAAAUUUUAAAUAUGACGGAUAACGAAAGGGAAACAUAUUUUGAUAGAACACCAGGAAACCAGAACGGAAUUGUGCAACCUUUGUUAACUGAUUUAUAUCAGAUAACUAUGGCUUAUGCUUACUGGAAAUCUGGAAAAAUUGAUGAUUAUAGCGUUUUUGAUCUAUUUUUUCGAUCAAAUCCAUUUCAUGGGGAAUUUACAAUAUUUGCUGGUCUUGAAGAAUGUCUAAAAUUUUUAGAUAAUUUUCAUUAUUCAGAUAGUGAUAUAUGCUACUUAAAACGGACUUUGCCCGAAAGCAUUGAAGAUGAAUUUUUUGAGUACUUAAGAAAUUUAACUGCGAAAGAUGUAACACUUUAUGCUAUUGAUGAAGGACAGGUUGUGUUUCCAAGGGUUCCUUUAAUUAAAAUUGAAGGUCCUUUAAUUUCAGUUCAACUAUUAGAAACAACACUUUUAACUCUGGUUAAUUAUGCAAGUUUAAUGGCUACAAAUGCAGCACGUUAUCGUAUGGUAGCUGGUAAGAAUGUUAAAUUAUUAGAAUUUGGAUUAAGAAGGGCACAAGGACCAGACGGUGGUUUAUCAGCUUCAAAAUACUCUUAUAUUGGCGGCUUUGAUGGUACAUCUAAUGUUUUGGCGGGUAAACUUUUUAAUAUUCCAGUAAAAGGAACUCAUGCUCACGCUUAUAUUACUUCUUUUACUGGAAUCUCUGAAUUAAAAACAAGAAUUUUAAAUCAUAGAACAACAGGUCUACCAAUUGAUUUAUUAGAUCUUGCAAUCAAUCAUCGGCAAGCUUUAUCACAGUUACUAGAUAUUUCACCGGAAGAAUCAAGUGAAGGUGAAUUAGCAGCAAUGGUCUCUUUCGCUAUUGCAUUUCCUGAUGGAUUUAUGGCACUUGUUGAUACAUAUGAUGUGAAAAGUUUAUGUGAUGAGACAGUGGUUGCUAAUACCCCAAAUAAUGGGAAAUUUAUAAAAAAAAAUGGAACAACACAAGCAAGUGAGACACAAUUAAUGAGUACAAUUGAUUUAUCAAAUAAUUAUAACAAAAUUGAUAUUACAAAUGAUAGUAGUAAUAAAAGUAGUAGUGAUAACAAAAAUAAUAGUAAUGAUAAAUGUAACAUAAAUAUUGAUAAUAACGGAAGUAGUGUAAGUAAUAAAGCAAUAUCGACCUUUAUACCAUCAGUGAAUGGAAAUAAAGAUCUUUCGAUUAAUGGAACAAAUAAAAAAAGGAGACGUUAUAAUACUUCUACUUUACAACAAAGUACAAACAAUAAAACAAGUACAAAUGGAUUUUCUUCCAACAUCAUUCCCAAUUUGGUUUCAAAUAAUAGAACGACUAAUGAUUUGCUAAAAACCGCUGGGAAGUCAUACAGAAGUGGUUUACUAAAUUUUUGUGCUGUAGCUUUAGCUCUAAAUGAUUUAGAUUAUCGAGCUAUUGGAAUUCGCAUUGAUUCUGGUGAUUUAGCAUAUUUAUCGUGUUUGGCUCGUGAUUCGUUUGGAAAAGUUGCCGAAAAAUUUCAAAUUCCAUGGUUUAAUACAUUAACAAUUGUAGCAUCAAACGAUAUUAACGAAGAUACAAUUUUAAGUUUGAAUGAACAAGGCCAUAAGAUAGAUUGUUUUGGUAUUGGAACACAUUUAGUAACUUGCCAAAGACAGCCAGCUUUAGGUUGUGUAUUUAAAUUGGUCGAAAUAAAUGGUCAUGCCAGAAUUAAGCUGAGUCAAGAUGUUGAAAAAGUUACAAUGCCCGGUAACAAAAAUGCAUAUAGAUUAUAUAGCGCUGAUGGCCAUGCUUUAAUUGAUUUAUUACAAAAAGUCAGUGAAUCACCUCCUGAAGUGGGACAAAAGGUAUUAUGUCGACAUCCAUUCCAAGAAUCAAAACGGGCUUACGUAAUUCCAAGUAUAGUUGAACCUUUAUAUAAGCUUUAUUGGAAAAAUGGACGUAUACAUCAGAAACUUCCAACUUUGGAUGAAGUACGUGAAAAAGUUCAAUCUUCACUAAAAACAUUAAGGAAUGAUCAUAAAAGAACUUUAAAUCCAACCCCGUACAAAGUUGCAGUCAGUGAUAACUUAUAUAAUUUUAUUCAUGAUUUAUGGCUCAAGAAUGCGCCCAUAGGUGAACUUUCAUGAUCCAUAUAAAAAAUUAAUCAAGUAUUAAUUUUUUAAUAUAUCCUUUGCUGUUUACUAAUGAAAUUGUACAUAAAGUAAAAAUGGUAAAAAUAGGGAAAUGGAAAAUUUUAAACACUUUUUUUUUUUUUUUUAGUAAGUGAACAAAAACAUUUGUUCCUUUUUGAAGUUUCACUUUAAAAAAUUUUAAAUAUUUAUUUUUAUAAUGUUUUAAAACUUAAUUGUUAUUAAGAUCAAAUUGAUAUAUUUUUGUAACCAUGAUACUUUUAGCACCUACCAACGAGUUCUUAGUUCAAGAAACUCAAUAUAGUGUUGGUUUUUUAAAAUAGCUUCCAACAACGAUAUUAAUACAUACAUAGUUACUUUUAUCUAUAGAACAAAACUUUCCUAUUAAAAUUACUCCAAAACAAAAUUUUUAAAACCCACUUUGUAUUGUCAAGCACAAUUUUUUAAUUAUUAACUAU